CUGGACAGAAUGUUCGCUUCGACGUCACAAAGACAUGAUGAUGGUUUGCGGGCGUCUUACAAUAUCUCGUUACUUAUAGCAAAAUCCGGAAAACCACAUACUAUCGGAGAGAAGUUAAUUUUGCCAGCCGUUGAAGAGGUUUUAAAAACUGUUUUACACAAACCUGCAUCUGAUAUCAUUAAAAGAAUUCCCUUAAGCAACAAUACUGUUGAAAGACGUAUUGAUGAAAUGAGUUCUGAUAUUGAAAGCUUCUUAUGUAAUAUUAUUUGCAAACGACCCAUUUCUCUAUACAACUGGACGAGUCAACUUUACCUGAUAAUGCAGCAUUAUUAUUGGCAUAUGUUCUUUUUAUUAUGAAUCAAGAAAUCUACGAAGAACUGCUCUUCGCAAGAACUUUGAUAACCGACACUAAAGGUGAAUCAAUAUUUCAUGUUUUGAAGGAUUACUUCAUUGAAAAAGCAAUUCCUUUAUCAAAUAUAAUAUCAGUAGCUACAGAUGGAGCACCUGCCAUGGUUGGACGGGUGCAGACAACGGGUUAGAAGGCGACGUGGUGAAAGGAGGAAUCCACAGUUUUUUGUUGAAAGACAUGUUAUUUACACUGUUGGACUUAUGGUUUGGGGUGCUAUAGCUUAUGGUUCCAGGUCACCUUUAAUCUUCAUCAGAGGUAACAUGAACGCGCAGCGUUAUAUCCACGAAGUUCUAGAACCCCAUCUUUUACCCUAUCUUGACACCCUGGCAGAUCCAACUUUCCAACAAGUCACAAUAGACUUCUUUCAACAUAAUGAUGUCACAUUGUUACCAUGGCCACAAAGAUCUCCCGACUUAUCCCCAAUUGAGCACGUGUGGGAUAUGAUGGGUAGGAGAUUGCUCAAUUUGCAACAGGAGUUGGUGGUUGCCUGGAAUGAGAUACCACAGGAGGACAUGGACCACCUGAUCAGAAGCAUGCCUAGGCGCGUUGGAGAAUGCGUAGCACAUCAGGGUGCAUCCACACAUUAUUAA